AUGUUGCACGGGACAGCGAUCGCACUUGGCGCGGGCGUGUGCGCGUGGGUCGCCUACAUGGCCCUCGUGGCCAAGCCCAUCGUGCUCUUCUCGUGGCACCCCGUCUGCUUCACGCUGGCGUACCUUCUCACGACGCCUUCAGCGCUCUUGGCCAUGAGCAGUCGGCGCGCGGAAGCCAACUUUGCCAAGCGGUCGGGGCUUCUCGAGUGGCACGUGUACAUGCAGACAGCAACGGUGCUGCUCAUGGUGGCGGGCUUUGGCGCCAUUUACGUCAACAAGGAGCGGAACGGAUGGCCGCACUUCCAGACGACGCACUCGCUGGUCGGGUGCGCGGCCGUGGGCGGCUACCUCCUCAACUACGUUGGGGGGGUGCUCAAGCGUGGUCAGAAGAACCCCAAGGACCUCCCGCAUCGCAUCGCAGGCGCGAUUUCCUUCUUGCUUUCCGGCGCCGCGCUUUGCCUUGGCUUUUACAGCGGCGGCUGGGGCAAGACCAACUUUGGCCCGACCGGGCAGCUCGCAGCGUGCAUCCUUAUCGGCCUCAUGCACGUCGCAACGGUUGUGCGCAUGCUCUCGACGCCAGCGGCGGCGGCUACAAAGGACGAAUGA